UCAUUCGUGAUUCACAUUCCGAAGCAGGUGCGAUAAAAAAUAAUCCAUUGCGUUGCGUAGACCGUUCUUGACAAGCUAUUUCAUCAGAAUUAUUUUUGACACUUGGACUACAUAUUGAGGAGUACUCUGUGUGAAAGAUUCAGUGAAUAGACAAGACAGUCUCUGGGUGAAAUAUGUUACAACUCUACAUUGCCUUGGCCGUUGUGGCCAUCUGUAUCUACUUCAAAUGGACCCUAAGUUACUGGACCAGGAAAAAAGUGGAAGCUCCCCCUCCGUUGCCCAUUGUCGGCAACAUGGGAGAGAUGAUCAUCCAGAAGAAACACUAUGGAGAAGUGUACAAUGAAAUUUACAGAUCCUAUCCAACUGCGAAAUAUGUAGGAAUCUACAAAAUGGGAACACCGGCUGUUCUAGUGCGUGACCUAGAUCUUGUGCGAGAUGUUCUUGUGGCAAAUUUUGCCCAUUUCCACGACAAUGACUUUGAAAUCAACACAACCCUGGAUCCCCUGCUAGCCAAUAAUCCCUUCACAGCCCGUGGGACUGAGUGGAAGAAUAUCCGGAAUCAAGUAAGCCCCCUAUUCACCACAGCUAAAGUCCGGGCAUGCUUCAAUAUCAUGAAAGAAGUUGGAGAUACCCUACUGGAGUACCUUGACAGUAGUCCAGAAAUUAAUCGUUCUGAAGGAGUGGACAUAAAGAAGGUGAUGACUAAAUUCACAACAGACGUUGUAGCUUCAACUGUUUUUGGGGUCAAAGCUCAUGCCUUUGUGGAUCCCAAUUCUGAAUUCGUCCAAAUGUCCAGGGAAUUCUUCGUACCAAGCUUUUUAGGAGCCAUCAAAGGCAUGAUUGCAUUUUUUGCUCCCAAAAUAGCAACGAUUCUUCGUAUCUCUUUCGUCACUGAGAACCUCGAUAGACGUUUGCGAAACCUCAUCAGACAAUUAAUGGCAUCACGAGAGGCCAAUGACAAAAAUGCCCGGAAAGAUUUUGUCCAAGCUUUUGUGGAAUUGAAGAAAAAGGAUCAAGAAAACAGAAUCACCGAAGAUUUGAUCGUGGGACAAGCUGUGACCUUCAUAACGGAUGGAACAGAAACCUCUGCCACUGUCAUGACCUACACGCUUUAUGAGUUAGCACGCAAUCCUGAAGUCCAGAAGAAAGUGCAGGAUGAAAUUGAUCGAGUGAUUGAGGAAAAUGGACAGAUGACUGAUGAGGGAAUUAUGCAGUUGGAUCUUCUAGAUAGAUGCAUCCAUGAGAAUCUUCGUCUUCAUUCUGUGGUCUUCAAUAUGACACGUAUUUGUACAAAACCCUUCGAACUCCCACAACAAUUCCCCAACGAAGGCCAACCCGUAACCAUCAGUGCUGGGACUCCCAUAAUCAUCCCCAUGUCGGCGAUCCACAUGGAUCCUAAUCAUUACGACAAACCCCAUAUUUUUGAUCCUGAUCGUUUCUUGGAUGAAAAAAAGCUGGAGAGGAAUCGAUAUGCUUUUCUAGGCUUCGGAGAAGGUCCAAGGAUUUGCAUUGGGAUGCGUUUUGGGCUGUUCCAAGUAAAAGUAGCGCUGUAUACUCUCCUAUCCAACUACAACAUCAAGCUGGCACCCAAGCAAAAAGUCCCGCCUGAAAUUUCGGUGCAAUCCUUCCUUUUGGCGCCAAAGAAUGGUAUCUGGCUCACACUGGAGAAGAGGCAGAAGUCGUAGGCGCUUCAGUACUUCCACUGGAUUGGCGCACAAACCUCAGGAGUCGUACAAUUGCUGAUGGAGUAACUCCUUGUAUUCGAGAAGCUGCAGCAAUCUGCAUGAGAAAGCAUUGUGAUUUCUUCAGCAUUUACUUAAAACGAAUAAAACAGAGUAUUUUCAGAGAUAA